UUACAGUGAAGUCCCUAGUGUUGAUUCAUGAGCUGGGCAGAGUGAACCGGCAAAGACGGCACCGAGGGAGAAGAGGAGUCAGUGGACGACAAAACACAACAAAAUCCAGGGAAUUAAACGUAUAGAGUUCCUUACUGUGAACAUCCGCAAAACAAGUGCCUGACGUCCAAGCGUUGAAGAACCCUAUUAAUUUACGAGAAAGAAGUUCAACUGCCUGCACCUGUUGGCUGAGGAGAAAGCCUGUUCUUCAGUGACCCCGGUGCUUGUGUGUGACCAUAGUGUGUGAGCAGAUCUCCCUCCCUAUGUGUGUCACAAUGGGAGACAUCAGUGACCUGGACCGACAGAUAGAGCAGCUCAGACGCUGUGAGCUCAUUAAAGAAAAUGAAGUCAAGGCACUGUGUGCCAAAGCCAGAGAGAUUCUGGUUGAAGAAAGCAAUGUCCAGAGAGUGGACUCCCCUGUCACAGUUUGUGGUGAUAUACAUGGUCAGUUCUAUGACUUGAAAGAGCUGUUUAGAGUUGGUGGCGAUGUCCCAGAGACAAAUUAUCUCUUCAUGGGUGACUUUGUGGACAGAGGUUUCUACAGUGUGGAGACUUUCCUUCUUCUGCUAGCUCUUAAGGUGCGCUAUCCAGACAGGAUAACUUUAAUUCGGGGAAACCAUGAGUCCAGACAAAUCACCCAGGUCUAUGGCUUCUAUGACGAGUGCCUCCGCAAGUACGGCUCAGUCACAGUCUGGAGAUACUGCACUGAGAUAUUUGACUAUUUGUCCCUCUCUGCUAUUAUUGAUGGCAAGAUCUUCUGUGUGCACGGUGGCUUGUCUCCCUCCAUCCAAACACUGGACCAAAUCAGAACCAUUGACAGAAAACAGGAAGUUCCCCAUGAUGGGCCAAUGUGUGACCUCCUGUGGUCAGACCCUGAAGACACCACAGGAUGGGGGGUGAGUCCCAGGGGUGCUGGCUACUUAUUUGGAAGUGACGUGGUGGCCCAGUUCAACGCAGCAAAUGACAUCCACAUGAUCUGUCGAGCACACCAGUUGGUCAUGGAGGGCUACAAGUGGCACUUCAACGAGACGGUGCUCACUGUGUGGUCAGCACCCAACUAUUGCUACAGAUGUGGAAACGUGGCGGCCAUCUUGGAGCUGGAUGAACAUCUACAGCGAGAGUUCAUCAUAUUUGAAGCAGCGCCGCAGGAGACCAGAGGCAUCCCCUCCAAGAAGCCAGUAGCCGACUAUUUCCUGUGAAGUUUUAAAUGAUGUGUUGAAAUCUCUGGCACCAUUUCACACCAGCUGCCCUCCAUCCUGCUGCUGGACAGUCCUGUCAGUCUGAACUCAGAGCAGUUAGACAGAAAACCUGCCAAACCCAGCAAAGCUUCAUACAGCUUCAGCUUGAAGACCUGGAUUUUUGCCAUACUGCCCAAGGCUGACAGAGCAGUCACUGUGAAGGGUGUAGGGGCGAGGUGGAUACUGGGCCCAUGACUGUUGUCAUUUCUCGUUUUCUUCCCUAAGCCUCCUUCCAUUUCUCUAUCUUUCUGUAGAUACCACAAUUAACCUCUUGUAGUAUUACUCCAAGACAAACAUUGUCAUUUAGUUUUAGAAGUAUCUGAAAGGAGUUAGAUUUUUUCUUUUGUGAAAUAUAUGCAGAAGUAGAACAUUUAACCAUUUUAUCAUUUAAGGAAUUCCUUCAAUGCAUAUGUUGUCUUGUUUUUGUAUAAUUGUUGCUGCCAGGAUUAAAUGCAAGAUGACGAAUUUCCUCAACCCUCUUUUUGCUCUUAUGUUUGUGUAUCACUAUUCAAUGCUCAAUGCUGAUGCUCAGCACCGUCACAUAUACCAGAAAUGUAAUCACUGGCCAACAGGAGUCACUAUAUUCACCGCUGUUUCCUCUCUCAGUUCCUUUUAAUCUACAAAUCUCUAUAGGUCUGUCAAUUUUGAUAUUGUGAGAAUAAAGUUUUUGUAUCGAUGCUGA